AUGAUCGCCAGCAGUCCUCCAAAUGGCAGUGAUUUCGUGUCGCCUGGCUUAGAACCUGAUCAAAUGAUCAAGCGGCGCUUGAACCCCGAAUGGGACCCUCGCAAUCCAUCGAGGGCUACAAAACGCAAUUUCUACCUCCCACUAACAGCAAUGUAUGCUAAGUGUACCCCCUUUUACUGCGUAUAA